AUGAAUACAUACAAUCGAUACUAUUGCACAUCGUGUUACAACGUUUGGGACUAAAAUUAAUGUCUUCCCAAACUCCUCGCUUGUGGACACUCCUUUUGCUUUAAAUGUCUCCAACGUCUCCUCAAGAACAAUCAAAUAAUUUGUCCAGAUGACAUGUAACCAAUAUCCUCCAUAUUCUCCCCCAAGGAAAUCCUUCAGAGUUGACUCACUCAAUUAACUACCCACCAACCAAGAAUUACUGCAUCCCCAACUCCAAAUAACUCCACACUCCCAAUAAGACAUCUCCUCAGAGAAUAUCACCCAAUCCACCACUCGUCUAUACACCAACCUCCCUGACAAUUCAGUAACCAUCAAAAAACCCCUCUCCCCUCAUCAACAAGAUCAAAUCCCUUGGAAUAGAGAACAAUUGCAACAAUCCCAUUAACUACUACAAGAAUCGCAUCAAUAAUUUGAAUUGAACCAGUAAACCAAUUUCAACGAAGCCUUCAGAAUGAUCCUUCAAUAGAAACGCAGCCUAAUAGAACUAAUACAAUAGAACUUCUCAGAAUUACAAAUCAAACUCAGCAACAUCGAAAGUCAACUCCUUAAUGAACUUAACAUCGUUGCCUUGAAACUAGAGGAUGAUAUCAGGUAGAUGCAUAUUGUAACCGACAAAAAAGCAAUCGCAGAAAUCAAAUAAAUACAAGAAAGGUAAACCCCACAUUUAUGAAUAGUUAGAAUCGAGUAGUUGCUACUCCUCUCUGAUGAGAAUCUAAACACUAAAGCAGAUUUAGUCAAUAACCUCACUCACAAGACUGAAUUAGUUAUCAAUCACUUAAACAAACAACCCUCCUUCAAUAUUUAACAUAUCAUCACCAAAGAAAUGCAACUCAAAUUCGAUCUAUCAGUCUAUGAUUACUUGCCUACAUUUUGUACACUCAAAAAAUACAAAUGCGAUAAUAGGAACCAAUCAUAACAAAGGAGAGCCAAAACAUUGACCGAUUCAAAUGAUUAUACCUAUGCCCAUUCUAACUAAUCCCUCUCGGAUAACAGUCCAAAACCAAAGGGCCAUGAUAACUCCUCAGCAAAACCCUUUUAAUAUUCAAAAAAUGCCCAUCAUUUAGAAGAACCUCCUUAUUAGAGAUUGAAUCCAAGGGAACUAACCUUCGGAGGCAAAAGCUAACAUAGCAAAUCUCGUGAUUCCAAAAAUUCAAGAAGUUUGUCAUCCAGUAAACUAUAUGAAGCCACUGGCAUCGCUCGCAUCCAAGAUCUGCUAUUUAAAGGAUUGCCUAUCGAGAAAUUGGAUUUAACCAAUCAAAGUAAAACUACUAUAUUUGAUCUCUAGAUUUGAAUGAUUUAGAUCUCCUAGAUCUUCUUAAACUGAUCCAAAGGUCUGCUUCAUAGAUUGAAAUUCUUAAAUUAACCAAGAAUAGAAUCACUGAUAAUGGAUUCAGCCAUUUGCUCACUCUACUGCUUAAACGCAGUGACAUACACACUCUCAACUUAUCCAAUAACGAAUGCACUGAGAAGUCAAUCGAUUUGAUAGAAAGAAGGAUACAGCAAUUGCAUGGGAAGACCAUCUACCUUUCAAAUUGCAAACUCAGUAACUUAAACCAAUUGAAGAAGAGAUAGAUUUCGUUGUAAAGUCGGGGUGUCACUUUGUUUUUAUGA